CCGUUCCCUGCUACAAGAAUACUGGGAGUAGCCUGAAGUCUGAAAAGUUGUACCUGACGGGUGCUAAGAAAUGCCCACUGUUUUUCGCUCAGAAGAAAGUUCAAAGCACAAAGUGCAGUAAAACACCUACAUUGCAACGACAUAGAAAAUUUAAAAGGAGAUGAACAAAAACAAAAUAGUGAUAAAUGAAAGAGUUAGUAGCCCUGGUGUGACCUUCUGUCAAAUCUUAUUUCCCGUUGUCACAUAAUAGAGGGAACUGUUCUCUUCUCUUUAUUCUUGUGCAGGCAAUGCAACCAGAUGAGAAAUACCUUUACAAAUACAAAGGCUUUUAUUUCCGGCCUGAUUUUACUUCAGUGGAGCACUUAGAUACCCUGGAGGAUUUUGAAAUAAGAGACAGUGAUGUAUUUUUACUCACUUAUCCAAAGUCAGGCACAAUAUGGACUCAAAAUAUUUUGAGCUUGAUUUAUCAUGAAGGUCAUCGAGAUGGAACCGAAAAAGUCGAAUUACCAGACAGGGUUCCGUGGCUGGAGUACAAUAUCCGCAAUAUGGAUUACAUCAGUCGUCCAUCACCUCGCCUCUUUGCUUCCCAUCUACCCUACUAUUUAGCACCCAAGGGAUUAAGGAACAGAAGAGCAAAAGUUGUUUAUGUGGCCAGAAACCCAAAGGAUGUCUUGGUUUCCUUUUACCAUUUUUCCAAAACUGUAGCCAACUUAGAAGAAGUAGAAGAUUUUGGAAUUUUCAUGGAGAGGUUUUUGGCUGGAAAGGUAUUUGCAAGUUUAUGGCUGGACCAUGUGGAAGGCUGGUUCUCUCACAGGGAUGACUUCAAUAUUCUGUUUCUUACCUAUGAAGAAAUGAAGAAGGAUCUAAGAAGCUGUGUAUUGAAAAUUUGCAACUUCCUGGGAAAGAGUCUGACAGAAAAGGAGGUGGAUGCUGUUGUGGAUCAGGCUACAUUUAAUAAAAUGAAAGCAGAUCCCAGGGCAAACUAUAAGUUCGCGCGACCAGAUCUCAUGGACCACAGCAAAGGAAGUUUUCUUCGCAAAGGAACUGUUGGAGACUGGAAGAACACGAUGACAGUUGCACAAAGUGAAAGGUUUGACAGUGUUUUUAAGGAGAGGAUGGAAAAGCUUCCCAUGAAGUUCUGCUGGGACAUGAGUGAUGCAUUAUGAGUUUGCUGAGGGUGUGAAAGUAAAAAAUAAUGUGCAUGGUAUGCAUCUAAUCCAGGCCUACUUGUAAGGUAAAGGUAAAGUUAGAUCUGGAAGGGGUGGGCCUUGCUUUGGGGUGGCACAAGUACCUGAUAGAAGAAAUAUUAAAGGAAUACAGUAAUUUUAAUAAUAACAUUAUAAGGAAGUGACUCCUAAAAAUUUGGAAAAAAUAUAAAGGUAUAUUGGAACCAAAGACACCGUGGUGGAUCUCUCAAUUGGAAACAGUAGCAGUAAAAAGAAAAAAAUUGGAGGAAAAUUGGCCGACUUAUAAAUUAUUAUUAGAAAAGGUAGAAGGGGAAAUAAAAUUAAAAGAAUAUAAAGAAGUACAAAAAUACUUACAUGUUUGGCUCCAAUAUUUCCAAAUUAAUCAACGUUUCCAAAUAGAUAAGAAAUCAGGCUUUGAAAAUAGUUUUUCAAAAUUUGAUAAAAUUAUAAUAGAAGGGGAUAAUAAAUAUAUUAAAAAUUUAUAUGAUUCAUUAUUAGAAUGGGAGAUGAAAUAUGAAUUAACAAAAGAAAUUAUGAUAAAAUGGGGACAGGAUUAGGGGACAGCAAUAUCGGUAGAAAAAUGGGAACAAUUGUGGAUAAAAGAUAUAAAAUUUACACCAAAUUAUGAUUUAAAGGAAAAUAUCUUGAAAAUGCAAUAUAGAUGGUAUCUGACCCCGGUGAAAUUGGUGAAAAUAUAUAAAGGGAGUGACAAUACUUGUUGGAGGUGUCAUGAAGAGGCAGGCUCAUUUAUUCACAUUUGGUGGCAAUGUAAAAAGAUUCCUUCCUAAAAGAAUAUUUUAAGAUUUUUUUCAUUUCAUUAUAUAUGUCAUCCCAGAAUCCUUUAAUUUUUUUGCAAUGCCACCAAAUAUGCAAGUAGGUUCCCACUUAUAAUGGAACCCACUUUCCAUUACUUUCAAUGGGAAAGUUCGCUUCAGGUUAAGUACACUUCAGGUUAAGUACAGACUUCCGGAACCAAUUGUGUUUGUAAACCGAGGUACCACUGUACUUAGGUCCUUCUCUAGAACAGGGUGUGCAUGUGUUAUAGUAUCUGUCAGUCCAUGUAUUGCAAAUAAUUGGUCAAGAGCGGUGAUUGUUGGAACAGAUGUUUGUGAUUAUUUGAAGCCAUUUUGAGUAGAAGUACUACAGACAAGAAGUAAUUUCUUUGUAAUGGUCAUACAAAAUAAAGAUGGAUACUUGAUCAUUUCCCAGGUGAAGAUAGGUCACUUUGGUGGGUUACACCAAAUUGUUGGGUAUGCAUAGCUGUGUGAUAUACUAGGAUAAUUUCACAAACUGUAGAAAAAGUAAGGUAAGAAUUACAAUAGAAAUUAUAUUUUAUGCUGCUUGUCAUUUACUCACCUUUGGCCCCUGAAAAAUUCUUGGGCAAUUAGCAAUCCAUGUGUUGCAAAUAAUUGGUGGAGAACUUUGACUGCCGGAACAGAUAUUCAUUUUUCUGGUACUGAACAAACAUGCAGUAAUCUGAAUAAUCUCUUUGAAAGCUUCAUUCCUAAACAAGUUUAUUAUGCGGGAAAGUCUUAUUGAACACAUUUGCUCUUGCAGCCUCUCCCCACAUCAGCUACUCACGAUGAGCCUCACCGAACCGAAAACUCUAAUCGGACAGCGACUGAAGGACAUAGAGCAACAGAACAAUCUGGCUAUUAUAAAGAAAUUUUGUCCAUGGUAUGCCCAUUCCCCCCCCAAAAAAAUAUUGAUUCUUUGGCCUCAUAUUUGCACAAACUCACUUUUCCAAAAUAUAGACAUGCCUUCAAACUUGCCAGAAUGGAUGUUUUGCCCUCUGCUGUACUUGAGGGCCAAUUCCAAAAGAUCUUAAUUGAGAAAUGACUUUGCCCUUGUGGAGAUGGCAAUAUAGAAACAGUGGCACAUGUCCUCCUGUCCUGCUCCCUUUACAAAGAUUCGAGGAACGAGAUUAUUACUCCACUCCUAUCAACCAUCCCAGGUCGCCCACCUGCGGCUACAUUGCUCUUUCUCCUAUCAGACCAAAAUGACCAGAUAACAGCAAAGGUUGCUAGAUUUAUUGAGGGUGCAAUGAGAUUAAGGGCCACCAAUUGACCGACAACUCAGGACACUUAAUUGCCCCUCUUACCUAAUGUUUUUACCUGUAUAUAUUGUUGGUUUUAUUGUUGCUAUGGCCAUUGGCUAAUGCGAAUAAAGUUUAUUUGAUUUGAA